UUUUAUUGUACCUAAUUAGUAACAAUAUACAGUUUUAAUAUAAAUAAUAUUAUUUUGGUUUAACUUAUUCUAUAAAAUCUUAGCAUUCGUUUAUUACGCAUAAUAUAAUAUAAUAUACUACACUAUAGUUUUUUUUUCUGAUGAUGGCUCGCUGUGUUCAUAUCAUGAGUUUCAAAACAAUUUUCUUUCUCCGACUUGUCAUAUGAAUGUAUAACACCGGUUAGCGAACCUCUCGUCAUCAGCAACCUAUCACCAUCGUCGACCACCGAUACACCUGCUAGUCUCGUCCUUCUCUCUCCCCACACAAUCAUGGGCGGACUUUUAUACGAAUCGUAAUACGCUUUAAAAGACUCAUUUCUCCGUCACUGUCGAAUUCCAUGUCGAUAUUUCGCAACCACUCACUAUAGUCAGCCGUCUCCCUGGCUCACCUAAAGUUAGAUUUUCCGGUUUCACGUGCAACUUCCAAGUAAGUAUUAUCAUGUUGGCCGUCGCAAAAUCUGUUUCUGUUGUGGCCUGUCUAAUAUGGUUGAGCUUCAGCUGUAUCGUCGACCAAGUCAUGACUUCUUCGGCAACCUACGAACCAGAAUCGGAAUCAUGCUGCCCGCCAGUGUCCCCAAGGCAAAACUCCAUACCAGUACAUUACGUCGAGGGUACACACUAUGAAGUCGGAUACAGCGUUGGACGAACUUUUGGAGGAAUGAUUAAAGAGUUUGUUAGCGUGUACAAGCCACUGCAAGAAGAAUAUUUAAAAUUGUAUGCCCAACCAGAAGGUCGACAGAUUUACGAAGAAAGUUUGAAUGCAACCAAAAAAUACUUCCCUCAGUAUGUGAUUGAGAUGAAGGGCCUAGCUGACGGAUCGGGAGUACCAUUUUACGAGUUGUUCCUAAUGGCCUUAGACGACACACUUCCAAGGAAUAUGAACGUAUCAAGCAAAGACAGAGGGGCUGUAGGAUGUACAUCGAUUUUCGUCAAUCAGCCAAAUGUACAGUUGUUGGGACACACGGAGGACGCAGUUUCCGAGUCGCUCAACAACUAUUACGUCGUGGCCGCGCACGUCAAGCCCGGAAAAGCCGAACGUGGUGGAAUAUUUGCAGCCAGAGAGGAGAAGUUCGAAGCGAUCACGUACGCCGGACACUUGUCGGGUUACGCCAGUGGUCACAACCACUGUGGUCUGGUGUUCGCUAUCGACACGUUGUACCUCAGCAAACCUUUGAGGGGCAAGAUCCCCCGGGAGUUCAUAACGAGAGCGCUGUUGUCCGCUAGGUCCAAUAUGAACGAUAUUGUGAAAGUGUUGACCAACGAAGGUGCGGGAACGGCCGACGGGUUUAGCGUCAACAUAGGUUUCCUGAACGAGCCCAAACAGUCCAGGGUGUUUCACACGGUCGAAGUCACCCCGAAAAUGGAUAGCCCCAGAUCAGCAGUGUACGUGUCAAACUUUAGCGUGGGAACCAAUUCGUUGCACACCAACAUACUACUCCAUUUGAAGUACCCGGAAUUAUCAGACUCAGCCGGGGUCACCAGUAGUGUGGCCAGAGAAAAGCGGUACAAAAAAUUGACGGCGAACGGACAGGUCACCAACCUUAAAGAAUUGUUGACGAUAUUUGGAAACAGGGAAGAUCAACCUUGGCCAAUAUUUAGUGACGCACCCGACGCCAGCGAGAAAACAAUAAACUUCGGGGUUUUCGACUUCAAUAAGAAAACAUGGACCAUGUGGACCAGUAAUCCAGUGGACAACCCACCUCUAUUGCAAUUACCACUAACAUUCUCAGACUUAAUUAGCCCUUGAGCAGUUGAGCUUACCAAUCGAUAAACGGGGUUGAGGACAAUUUCCUACAUUUCAAAAUACCAAAGAAACAUAAUUGUAAUGUCUUAACAUAUGACAUUGAAAUUAAUAAAUAUAAUAUUUGUUUAUUGAAAAAAAUACUAUCAUAAUUUUUAUAUGUACC